AUGAACUCCAUACGCGCGAUUCAACAGCUCAACAAGCGCGAGCUCGAGGCAGGCAUCAAUCCGGAAGGCUCAUGGCAUACCGACUACCGCGACACUGCCUUCAUCUACAUUGGUGGUCUACCUUUCGAACUUUCUGAAGGCGAUGUUAUCACCAUAUUCUCACAAUUUGGAGAGCCCGUGUGGAUACGACUGGCGAGGGACAAAGAGACGGGCAAGUCAAAGGGUUUCGGAUGGCUCAAGUACGAGGAUCAGAGGAGCUGCGAUCUGGCCGUGGAUAAUCUUGGAGGGGCGACGGUUAUGGACAGGGUGUUGAAAGUGGACCACACAAGAUACAAGCCGAAAGAUGAUGAGGACAUGAAGGACAACACGAUGGGAGAGGUUGACGACAACACGGCUGAGGGAGGGGGCCGACGCAAGAGACAGCGCAUAGAAAGUGAGAGCGGUUCGGAUGAUGACCGUCCGCUGCUGCCAGAGGAGAUCGAACUCGAAAAAGCAAUACGAGAUCUUGACGAGGAAGACCCAAUGAAGGAAUCGAUGGUGGAGAGACUGCAGGAGAAAGCUGCAUCUGCGGUCAAGAAGUACAAGAAGAGCAAACGAAAAGAGAAGGAGCGGGAGCAGAAGCACCAUCGUUCAUCAAAGCGAGACCGUAGCCGCGACCGCGAUAGGGACCGCAGAAGGAUCAAGCAUGACGACUCGGAAGACGAGGACCGCCACACAUUGAAGGAACGUUGGAGUCGGCGUGCGGAUUCGGAAGAUGAGGAGCGUCACAAGAAGAAGGAGCAUCGAAGCAGGCAGAACUCAGACGAUGAGCGCCGCCGCAGAAGCUCGCGGAGAUCCCGCGAUGACUCAAGGGCACGGGGGCAGGCUCGGGACAAAGUAUCAGAACGAAGCGACCGUGAUCGACGCCGCUACAGCUCGGAUCAGGAGGACAGGAGACGUUCGCACUCGAAGCGGGCACCUUGA